UCUUUGUCGCGGGUUCGGCACCAUCCGCGCACGGUUCGCCCGCAAAAUCCGCCGAUACAGUUCGGCAGCGAACGCACGUGUGCGUUCAUCGCCCUAAAGCGUCGUUCCCGACGCCGAAGACAUCGGCCGGCCGACGGAUAUUCGAGGCAGCCAGUCGAGCGCGCGAGAACGAAGAUCACGACGAGGUCGCGAGAGGCGAGAAGACGAGAGGCCGCGACGUCGUCGCCGAGACUCGACGAGAGUUCCCCCGAUUUUUCGCGUUUCCGUGCGGCCGAGCUGGAGGGAACUUAAAAGCGCGGUUUCGAGUGAAAUCUAAAUAAAGAACUAUGCAGCGCGGCGGUUGAGGCGGGGCGCGGUGCCUCGCCAGGCGGAAUAUGUGAGAGUGAGUAAGAAUGGUACAGCGAGCCUCAUGCAGCAACGAGACGAGCGCAUCCCUCAAUGGCGUGCCGAGCAGCGAAGGGAGAACGUCCGGCGUGGACGCGGUGGUAGCGGCGGGUGCAGUGCUCGACGGUGAGACGGCCUCGCUGACACGCAGGUUCUCCUUGUUCAGGUGGUUCAAGCGGAGUCGCGAGCCAACCGUGGAGAAGCGACGGAGGCCGGAGGACGAUGGCGUCGUCCGACGACGCAGCGUCUACUCCAGCGUGGAGAGCGUAGACACCUUCUACAGCACCGCCACGGUCCGCAGCUUCGCCUUCCACUCGGGCACUCUGGGCCGUUGCGACGUGCUGUCCUUGGACAUCCUGAAGCAGGCGGCCGAGGUCGGCCCGUUCGCUGCCGGGGCCUCGAAGGUGUCCGCGGCUAACAAAGAGAACGCAGUCGCCUGCACGUUGCCGGCGAACGCGCACUCCAGGAGGCGAGAAGACAUCACCGCCCGGUACUCGCUGCAGCCGUCGACGACCUUCGGCUCGUGCGGGAAUUUCCCCUCGGGCUCGUCGCGGAGGUUCGACGAGCGCGCGAGAGAUCUCAACGCGCGGCGGAGGGUCCACGUCAAGGGGAAACGGAGAGCACCGAAUCCUCCCGGCGGCGCGCUGCUCAAGGUCGUCGAGGAGGUGAAUGUACGCGAGACGGCCAGAAGGCGAAAGCGACGAGCGCCGCGACCCCCGGAGAAAGCAGCGGAAAACGGGAUCAUCGAUGGAGGCAUGGACGUAGGAGGGAAAGACGAGGAGCAGUCGAUCAGCAACGACACGCUGGUGCUUCAAGGUGGCAUGCUGCUGUCGAAGAAAGAGGCUCGCGGGAGCGUCGCGAAGGACGUCGGCCCGUCCAACGUGGCGGUUCUUCAGGAAAGAGCCCAGAGCCCCGUCUCCCCUCUGAGCAUGCCGCGACCUUGGUACAAGCGCAGCGUCUUCGAGCACUCCGGCUCGUCCAAGAGGGGCGUCGUUCUCCGCAACCCCGCGACGUCCGUCGCGGUGAAGGAGGAGUGCGUAACCUCCUCGACGAGUUAUUCCGUCGACGCUUCCCUGUCGCGGCUGAACUUCUUCCAUCGCGGUGACGACCGGAUGCGCGAGGCCAAGCGAAAGUCCGGCCUGUCCAUUCUGACGAACAUCAGCGAGCUGGACAAAGAAGCGGCGGCGAUCGUUCAGGAGGAACAAGCGCGGGCUCGGGCGUCGAUGCUGCUGAAAACGACGACGCUCGCCGACGCCUUCGAGAAGAGGAACGACGUCAACGAGGAGAUCGUCCAAGACAUGGUCACUUCGGCGAUCGAGGGCUCGUCGCCCCGACGAGGCACCCGCGCGCUCAUCUCCAAGUUCAACGCCAUCAGCAAUAUCACCAAGGUCACGGUCAACGCGAACUUCUUCGCUAGGAGGGACCAGCCAGGUUUCAAGUUCGAAGAUAGAGACGCGGCGAGGAACAGCGGAUUCGAGCGCGUCGGGGACUGGAGGGAGCAGAGACUUCCGACCCAGCGGGAUCUCAGGCAAAGCGUCCGUGUCGAUAAAGAUAUAUCUAGGUACUUCUUGCCGCAGCAGCGAACGCCGAGGAAUAACAUUGAGUCGACCCACGUGGAUGUUAAGGCGGUAAACGUCAAGACGGGCUCGAGUAAGGAGCGGAACGAUCAAUUGGUGAGGGAUACGUCCAGUAGAAUAUCGCUUUUGCAAAGCCAGCUUGCGGCGAAUCGCAUGAGCGAACCGCUCAACACUGCGAGGAACGCGGCGUUCCCGGUAAUGGAGGAGAGGUCGAAAUCGCGGCAGGAAAUCGCCGAGGAAAGGAAGGACAAAGACUCGCCGAGGUUGAACAACGAGACCGGUAGGAAAUCCCUGUUUUCUCGCGCUCGUGACUCCGCUGAAAGCACGGAAAACGCGUUAGGUCCUUUAAGAGAGAAGGCGGAAGGGAGCGGGGAGCAGACAGGAAAGGCGCAAAAGGAAUUCUCGGACAUCUUCGACGAGAUCGACCGGCAACUGCGUUCGAGGGAGUUCAAACUCAUCGAGCGGAGACCGACAAUCGUCGAAUCCGGCGGCGUCAGGGCGAAAGUUGCCGAAGAUGAAGCCGCUGUAUCGAGCAAAGUGGCCAAAGUGCUCGAUAUCUUGGUCGAAGCCGAGAAGGAUAGCAGGACAAAACCGGCGAUACAGACGGAAGGAUCGAUACGAAACAAGGAGGUGCCGCGUUUGAUUGAUUCGGACCAGAAGACGAAGUCUGGUAAGGCAAAAUCAACCGCUCUCAAUACCAUCGAGGACCCAAUUACCGCGGAUUUGAAGGAGAUGUUGAAGGAGAUGAAGCACUCGUUACCGAAGCGGCCGAAGCCGAAGAAGACUACGUCAAACGACGCCGAUCUUCUCGAAAAGGUUGAGAAGCGCUCGCCCGUACCUACGAACAAGACCUCCUACAUCGCCUCGGUCACGACGAGGACGGAAACGUCGGCAAACGAUUACGAGACAGAUAAGCAGAAGGUGUCCUCGUCGGCGCAAACCAGUGGAAACAUUCGUAGAUUAAAUCAGCCUUCUACUUCCGCCGAGCGACCGUCUACCUCGGGCUGGAGGCAGGAGAAUGUGCUUUACAGAACUUCUGGCAAGGGUUCGGCUCUCGUGAAGAAUACUUUCCAACUGAUACGACCGCGAGAUUUCGCCGAGAUAGGAGCUAUGAAGACUACGAAGGGAGUUUACAGGGAAAACACUUAUGCCAAUGUGAUAGAGCCUUCGCUGUACGCCAAUGCUCAUGUUCCACCCUCCUCGCCUAAACAACGAUCGGACCAGACGCGACCUAAGGAUAUUUUGCAAGACGGUUACAUCAAGAUGCCGGGGAAAACCGUAAACGAGCUCAAAAUUACGCCAAGCAAAGACGACUUUAUAGAAGAAGACGACAAUUCGACAGCGAAGAACAUGAAUACUCUAGCUAUAAAUCGAUUAUUAAGAAAGCUGGAAGGGGCCAUCGCAUCAGGCCAUCAUCAACAAGCGGCGGGAUUAGCGAAGGAAUUGGCGAGGCUCAAGAUCCAUUGUUCCGUGAUACGGCAGCGAUCGGCGGCGCAUUUGAAGGAUCAGUCGAUUAAAGUCAAUAUGUAUAUCGAAGACAAACUUGCUCACCAAGGACCCAUACCACUUCAGCUACCGACGAGAAUGACGGUAGCCGAGCUGAAGACAAAGAUACACACGGAGUUUGAGAUACCCACAAACGUGCAACGAUGGAUCAUCGGAAAAAACUUGGCUGAUCAUGACGAAGCUACUCUCGAUGAGCUGCACGCAGUGGACGGCUCACCAGUGUUUUUAUACCUCGUUGCACCCGAAAUGCAUAUCAACAAUGCAGCAGAAGCAGCAGAAGCGGAUAAGCCGCCACCUGCAGAAGACGAAGUUCCUGAGGAAACGCCGCAAAAUCCACCAGCGGAAGAUUUGCCGGUAAUAAAUGAAAGUCAAGAAAUCACGGAGAAAGAGGAAAUGAUAUUGUCAACUAAUGAACAUCAGCAAGAAACAGCGGAAACAGAUAUAUCGGAAAAUGUCAGGAUGGAACGAUACGAGGAACUGAUAUUACUAGAGAACUGGGACGUCAUCCCGAAUUCCGAGUCAAUUGAGUGCCCGAUAUGCUUCGUUACAUACGGUCCACGCGAGGGUGUAAUACUGAGGGACUGUUUACACAUGUUCUGCAGAUCAUGCAUCGCUAAUACGAUCGAAUACUGUGAAGAACCAGAAGUGAAAUGCCCAUACAGAGAUGCCGAGUAUACGUGUGAAUCGACACUUCAAGAACGCGAAAUCAAGGCACUUGUCGAGCCGAAAGUUUAUCAGCAGCACCUCGCGAAGUCAAUCGCACAAGCGGAGAACAACGCCGGAAAUAAAGCUUUCCAUUGCAAGACCCCAGACUGCCCCGGUUGGUGUAUUUACGAUGAUGACGUGAACAAUUUCCUGUGUCCCGUGUGCGAAGCCAAUAAUUGUCUUACCUGUCAGGUCGUUCAUACUGGAAAGAACUGCAAGCAGUAUCAGCAAUGGUUACAACUAUCAAAAGAAACCGACCAGGAGUCCAGGAGAACAGCAGCGAUGCUCAAGGAGAUGGUCGACAGAGGUGAGGCACUUGCGUGUCCCACGUGUGCCGUCGUUCUUAUGAAAAAGUGGGGUUGCGACUGGUUGGUUUGUUCUAUGUGCAAAACGGAGAUAUGCUGGGUCACCAGAGGACCUCGUUGGGGUCCAGGGGGUAAGGGAGAUACAUCCGGUGGCUGCAGAUGCGGGGAGAACGGAGUCAAGUGUCAUCCCAAUUGCAAUUACUGCCACUGAGGAAUUACAACUGCCGCGAUAACGCGGCCGACGCUUGCGGUGAUAAUAAAGUGUCCUAGAAAUGCUUUUAUACUAUUACGUGUGCGCUGCUAUAACGAUUUUACGAACCCGGUCGUGGCACGCAGAGAUGUUUUGUACGUGUCUAACGUAAGUUCGAACCGCGAUAAAUAAGUGCGCGAUGAAGGUUACGCUGCUUGCUCAACGAUUGAUGUUAUCGCGACACCGUCAUCUUAAUCGAAUUCGAAUGAGGUUGUUAAUAAAAAGAGGAAUACAUCUGA